AUGACAAUAAACCGAAUAGCUUUCUUCACCGGGAUUCUCACCAUUUGUGUGACCGGUCAACAACUUUUCGAUGCUUUCCCAAAGCCCCCGAAAAACUUCUGGGCAAGAAAUGGGCUUGAGAUAAAUGAUCAGAUACCGCAAAGCAUUCGCAGCUUCGAGAUGAAAGAUUGGCUUUUCCGAGUGAUCAAGCGAAUUGGUGCCACGAAUUGGGCAAACGCGGCCUGCAUGGAAGAUAUGGCCGAUCUCGAGGAAUCGUAUGCGAGAAUUCUGGAGGCGUUCGUUGAAAAGAAUGUGACGAUGAACGAUUUCGAUAAACAAGUCACACUAAGUGUGAUCGACUCAAAUGGUGUUUACAGUGGAGGGUUUUUGCGUGGGCGAAAAGUCUAUCAAGGACGAUUCGAUGAGUGCCGUCAGAUCAAGUACCGAGAUCCGUCUCGAUCGCAUACCUGGGAGGGUGAUAUUUUUAGAUUCUAUUUUGGUAAAGAAGAUGGUGAUAUCUGUGCGACAGGGACAAUUGUUGCUGCUUUCGAUCAAUGUCUUCCAAAAUCAUGCAAAGUGCCUGAAUUGAGAAAACUUCACGAAAAUGAGACAAAUAUCUGCCUUAUAGUCAACAACGACUUUGCUCGAGUCAACAAAACGAAUUGGUUCUCGUGGUUUAUCGGAAUUUUAAUGAUAAUCAUCAUCGUGAUGAGUAUCGCUUCGGGAAUUGUCGACUAUUUCCUUUCCGAUUACAUUAAAGAGACAACGAUUGAGAAAUUGUUAUGGUAUCGUCUUUUCAUGGCAUUUUCUCUGUCAACCAAUGUGAAAGGGAUCAUGAAUGUGAAAGGAGCGAGUAAGUCUGGUCAAAUCGGUCCCCUUCAUUGUAUGCGUUUCUUGUCGAUGGUUUGGAUUAUCAUGGGGCACACAAACGAGAAUCUCAUCAGUUUUGCUUCAAACGUUUUGGAUAUUGUCGACGAUGCAAAAGCGGCUCCAUUCUACGUUUUGUCGAAUUCUUUCUUUUCCGUCGACACAUUCUUCUUCAUUGGCGGCGUUCUGCUGUCAUAUAUUUGGUUUAAAGAGUUCAAGAAAGAUCGCAAUUCGGUGAUGUCCAGCAAGGGAUGGAUGAUGUUUUAUGUGCACAGAAUUUUACGCCUCUCACCUCCCUACUAUUUCGCCUUUUUCUUUUGGGGUUACGUUUUCUUGCCAAACUUGCCCGAUGCACCAAAUCGACUCUUUUUCGGUGGAAGCGAAGAGGAUUCAUGCCGAGAAUUCUGGUGGCCUGCAAUGCUCUAUGUUCAGAAUCUAGUUCACUCUCACCAUCAGUGUUACGGUGUUUCGUGGUAUUUGGCGGCUGAUAUGCAAAUGUACGUCUUCUCACCAAUUCUUCUCGUUGCUCUGGCGAUGAAUGUGUACCUUGGCCUCGGUGUCGCGGGAGCGAUUCUCUUCUUGUCAACCGGCGGCAACAUUGCCACAAUCUAUCGAUACCGUUAUCCAGCAACUGUUGACAUUUUUGAUGCACCCGAUCCAAAAAUGAAGGAAUCCGACUAUGACAACUACAUGUUCUUGAUGUACACGGCCGCAUGGAUUCGUUGUCAGAUCUACGUGAUGGGCAUUCUCGUCGGAUAUUUUCUUCAAAUGAAGAAAACGCUCAAAAUCAAUAAGUAUCUCAACUUGGGUCUUCUCAUUUUCUCGAUGGCUUUCAUGCUGUUCGAUGUGAUGAUUCUUCAUGUGUCACCCCAUGACAAAGUGAUGCCAAUCUUUUGGCGUGCAAUCUAUUCGGCUUUCUCGAAGCCUUUAUGGGGUCUCUGCCUUACAUGGAUCGUCGUCUCAUGCUAUUAUGGAUAUGGAGGCAUAGUCAACUCUUUCAUGUCGUGGCCUGGAUGGACUCCAUUGGGUCGUCUAACCUAUUCCGCUUAUCUCAUCCAUCUAAUCGUUGUCUAUUACUUGCUCACCAUUCAUCCAUCCGAAAUCAUUUGGGGAGCCUACGCGGACAUUGUGAGGAAA